CCACAACACACAACACAUACCAGCUUUUUGGCAAUCCUCACAUUCUUGCCACGACUCCUCCGCGCGAUGAAAAGCUAGUACCUCCCCUUUCAACACUCACAUUUUGACCUUACUCACUUUGCACUCCGCGUGCAACGCGUUGUUUUGGUCCCAUCCUCCACGUCCCCACGCAUCUUCACCUUCGCGAUGGCUGCCGCUCGUAGCAAGGCCCCGGCCAUUGGGUCCGCCCAAUGGAUUCUCGAUGAGAGACAUCAAUCAAAUGAUUUAGUAGCGCAGGAGGCGGAAGAUUUUGGCUUCACGGUGCGCAAUGAGCUUGAGUGGCUCAACGAACACAUGGCGGAGAUCUUCGCGCACAACGGCCAGAACAACCUGGAUGUAUUCAAGACACCCGGCAAGUUGCGCGGAAAGACGCCUCGUACAGCGCGCAAGAAGGCCAUAGAGCAGCGUCAGCCACUUGGCGACAUCUUCUCGCCCAACUCGCAAGUUCGACCCAGUCCCGCUCAGCAAAGCCUUAAGAACCACAUGCAAAAGGCCCCGAAAGCAAGAUUCCAGAUCGCCGAAGAUUACGAGAACCUCGCUCCCAUCCGAUCACCAGUUGCCCCAGUUGCCCAGUCGCCUGUCCGACAGCUCUUUUCUAAGGCUUUGGGCAAAGGCAAAGAAAACAGAGAUUCCCCAUACCGCGCAAUCGCCCGCGUAGAAGAGACCGCGGCUCAGCUCGACCUCAACUCAUUUCCCGCUCCUCCCCAGUCCAGCCCUCUCCGAGCAACACAAGACACUGCAGUCAGCUCUCAGGCCGAGACCGUAUUCACCCAGACCGGCACACAGUCUACUCAACAGACAAUCGCCACCGAGUCUUUCCGUCACUCUCUGCUUGUCGAGGAGACCGAGCGACGCGACACGGGUGACUCAUUUGUUUCUGCCAAGGAAUAUGGAAGCAAGAACGCGUCCAAAGAGAAUUUGCGCGCAGUUUUUGAUGACGACGAAGCCGAGGACGCGAUCGACUUGGUCGGUGACAAGAUGGAUAUUGAUCAGGAUGAUGCUCAAGACACCAUGAUUCGUCACGAAAUCAGCUCUGCCCAAGGUGAUGAUACUGCUGUUCAUCACGAAGUACAUGACUCUGCACCAACACCCCGAGUGGAGUCCGAGACGUACACCAUUUCAACCGAGACUCACGCUUUUACGAAAACCGAAUUUGAACGAGUUUCCAGCCCAGCUAUGAAGAGCGCUCUCGGAUCCGACCAGGACUUGGAGAUUCCAGCAGAGGACAAUGCUAUGGACGAUACUGUCGUUCACCACGACAUUGAAGAUCAGAUGGACGUGGAUGACGAUGACGACAUUCGAUCACCUUCCGAUCACUCCAGCCCCGUGAAGCUUGUUCGCAAGAGCAGCCUCACUUUUGCGUCACUCCCUGCCCGGGAGCCGCUUCUAGCGAAGAAGAGCAUGGGCAACCGUAACUCUCGCACAAGCCACAUCGAUCAGACCAAGGUUCGUAACAGCAAUCUCGGUAGAUUCACAGGAGGAAAGAGCCUAGGUGGCGCCCAAUACACUCAAUCCGCUACUCAUGACGACGAGAUGGAUAACAAUGAACGCCCCGAACUCAAGAAUGAAGAAUCGGAGGCCACCAAAAUGCACAGCCACGCGUACACCAAGAGCAUUAAAGACAGGAUCAACUUGCUCGGCCAGGAUAAUGAGCCCCCAAAGCGAGUCAGCCAGAAUGUCAACCUUUCCCAGUCUUCACAGCCCGUCCAGGCGCAGAAUCCAGCUCCUAUCCAACCUCCACAGUAUAAGCAACCCGCUUACCCCCAACUCCCAGCAGAGGAUAUGGACGUGGACAUGGACAAGGACGACGAAGAGGAUGAUUGGAUCUCUCCCAUUCGACCCACUCCCGCUGCCAACAAUGCCAGGCCACCUUUCGCAAAGAGCUAUUCUGCCGACACCCAGGCUACUGCUACGAAGACACCAGUUCUUGCGAAGCCGGUAGCUGUAUCCAACCCGAAUCUCCCAGCAGCACCAACAACCACCACGCCAUUCGGUUCACCUACUGGUAAGAAAAAUGUGGAUAACGGCCCUAUCAGUGCGUCCAAGGCUAAGCUAUAUUCUGCCCUCCGCGCAGCCAAGGGCAUUCUCAUCGGUUCAAGUGCAGCAAGUGCUCAGGCGAAGUUGGACGCUCUCGGUGAGAGCCCAGCUCGCCCCAAACUUCAAGCACAGAGCUCGUCCGAAGACAUCUUCAGCAGCCCUAAGCGCACGGAGAAGCCUGGAUUGUUUUCCCAUUUGCGCUCCCCAUCAAAGGAGUCACUCAGGUCCAACAAGUCCAAGGUCGCAACAGUGCCGGGAAGUCCUGUCAAGGAAGAGACCCGCCGCACUCGCAGUUCUUCGGAGCGCGAGAGGUUGAGGGAGAGAGAGAUCAAGGAGAGGGAUGUGAAGGAGAAGAAUCGUGCUGAGGAGCGUUUGAAGGAAAUGCGUGAGCGUGAGCAGUCCAAGGCGGCCGCUCAUUAUCAGAAAGCGAAAGCGACUGCCAAAACGCCAGUCGCUGCACCUCCUCAGAACGUUCAGCCAUCCGCAACCGCGUCUACAAAGACCCCCGUAGCCCAGCAAGGGCCCUCUCGACCGGGUACCACACGAAUGAACACUGCCCAGCGCCAGGACCAGGACUCAGGUGAUGAGAUGCCUCCACCCCCACCGCCAAAGAGCUUCCUGCCGACUGGCACCAAGGUCCGAGAACCGAGGCGCCUAGUAAAGGCCUCUAGCAAGGACACGUUGUCGAGGGCUAAGCCUCAGGCUCCUCAAAAGAUUCAAGUCAAUCUCCAUCAAGGUCAUUUCCCUCAAUCCUCCCGUCCAGCUUCGCGAGCUGCAACACAGGCACAGGCACCGGCAACUACCAAAGCUGCCCCAUCCGCCAGACCUGUUCCUGCUGCAGCCAAACCUGCACCGACUAUGUCCAAGCCAUUGGCACAACCCAAGUUUGCACCAUCUGCUUCGAAACCAGCUCCUCGAAUUGGCCGUCCCCAGGCUCCUAAGGCUGUAGAGAAGCCAAAACCUGCUCCUACUCAACCACGUGCUGAUCUCGGCACCUCGCGCCCUGUAACCAAGAUGCAGACUGUGCAAGACCCAAGCCGUAUCAAUAUUCCCCCCGUCAACCCAGCGAAGCCAGCCAAGCGUCCGUUCGCAGCGGAGAAGGAUGAACCUCUUCACAGGCCAGCGAAGAGGCCAUCGCAGCAGGCGAAGCCGAAGACCGUCCCUAUGACCCCGGCACAUGCACAGUUUGCGCAUGGAAAGAUUCCAUUUGCGGAGCCUUCCCAGCCCGCCCAGCCUGCACCACCUACCAUCCAGUACCCCAACGGCGAGGACAUCAAGUUGCCUGACGUUAUGACUGAUUCUGAAGAUGAGGACUCCGAUAACGAAUUUGAGCAACCAUCCUGGGUGAAUACACCUAACCUUCGUGAGAUGUUGGAGCAGCAACAGCUCGUGGAUCCGGAGGCCGUCUUCGGACCCAUUGCCCCAUUGAACAUGGAGCAGGUCUUCCCCAACAAGGAAAGGCACAAGAAAUUCCGCGAUCGUACAAGCAGUGCAUUCUGGGGCAACGACCAGGUCACCGAAGAAGAGAAGCGAAAGGAGCGUGAAGGUCGCGAGCGCAUUGUUCGAGAUGGCGCCUGGACGUACAACCCGUCCCCACGACCUACUCCUCGGCCAACAAAGUUGCGCUGAUAGCGUAAACCCCAAGUCACGACGUACAAACGAUCAACGGAAAUAAGUUUGGCGAAGAAGGCGUAAAGUUUGUGUAACGAAAUGGAUUGUUGGGUGGGUUAUGCCCUCCAUUGGGAUUUUGUAUUUUGCAUGUUCAUAGCCCAUACGUUGGCUGUGUCAACAACAUCACUGUUUAUAAUAGGCGUUUUUAUGGGAAUACUCUGACCGGGAUGGUCACGAAACGGAUCGAUUGGCGUUCCGAUGUUUUGAACAGGCUUUUUUUUCUUCAGAGGCGUUCCAGGGGAUUUUCUACUGCUGCAUGGUUUGCAUCAACACACCUCUUCAUGAGCGCUAGCAAUGGGUAUAUUGCGAAUGAUAAC